UGGGCAGUGUGGCAGUGUGGGAGUGUUGCUGAGGGGACAGUGCACUGUAGCAAACCUUGAGCAUGCAAAGGUUGUAUUUUAGGUCCCAAUGCAGACCGGAAGCGUGCAAGGGAGUGUGGCACUGGAUGUCAGUUCCUCAGUAGGCCAAGGGCAUACAAGCAUGCAAAUGAAUAUGCUGAUCCUCCAGCUUCGGAUCCACAGACGGUAUCAGGACCCAAGUCUUUCCGGGUCCUUCACUGCCUCUCCGGUCUUGGAUCCAGAUCCCUGGGUCUCAGCCACAGACCCCGCUCUGGCUCCCGGAGCUCCAGCCCCAGUCUCGCCCAAGGGCCCCACCCCUUUCCUCUUCAACCCUGGGGACCUGCUUCUUGAAUCAGAAUACCGCCCUUGGAGGUCCCUGAAGGAGUCCCCCAAGAUCUCCCAACAUUGGAGAGAGCCCAAGCCAAAGGGGAACUUGACCUACCACCAGUACAUGCCCCCAGGGCGGAGACAGGGGUCCAGGGUAAACCCCCAGGCCAAAGGGUUGGCCCUGGGUCCCCUAGGACCACCUCUAUGGGAAGGGACAAAGUCACAGCAGCCACCUCCCAGGACUACCGCCAGGACGAAGCCCACUGCCCUCACUCCCUCCCCACCUGGAGUCCCCAGCCCCUUGCCCCCUCCACACAAGUUGGAACUUCAGACCCUUAAGCUGGAGGAGCUGACGGUCUCAGAGCUCCGGCAGCAGCUGCGCCUUCGGGGCCUCCCUGUGUCGGGGACUAAGUCGAUUCUCCUGGAGCGCAUGCGCAGCGGCGCCCUGCCCCGCGAGCGGUCGAAGCCGCGGCGCGACGACCGUCCAGCGUGUGCUCCCUGGCCGCGCCUCAGGCCCAAGGCUCUGGGAGCCGUCCGGAGGCAGGGCUCGCUUAAGCCCAGCGCCAACUCUCACGCUCCGCCUCCUGCACGUGCCCCGGAAACUCCUGCCACCGCUGCGGGUCCGACUCCCGCUCCGGCUCCGGCCUCGACUCCGGCCUCGGCUCCGGCUCCGGCUCCGCUUCGGGCUGCGGCUGCGGCUCCGGCUGCGGCUCCAGCACCGACUCCUCCCGCGGCACUGCCCACAGCGGCCCUGACGCUGGAGGAGGAGCUGCAGGAAGCCAUCCGCCGGGCGCAGUUGCUUCCGAACCGGGGCAUUGAUGACAUCCUGGAGGAUCAGGUGGAGCCUGAGGACCCGCUGCCCCCCAUCCCCUUGGACUUCCCUGGCUCCUUCGACGUGCUGUCCUCCUCCCCGGAUUCCGAAGGCCUCUCAUCUGUCUUCUCUUCCUCGCUCCCGUCCCCCACAAACUCUCCGUCCCCCUCUCCCAGGGGCCCCACAGACUCCUUGGACUGGCUGGAGGCUCUAAGUGGGGGUCCUCUGCUAGGCUGUGGCCCCCCACCCCCCAGCAUCUUCUCUGCUGACUUAUCUGACUCCAGUGGAACUCGGCUGUGGGACCUGCUGGCGGAUCCAUGGUGAUGGGUGCUGUGGUUUCCAGGGAUGGAGAACUGGUGGGGAUGGGAAGGUCACUGAGACAGACUCUCAAAGGAGGGGGUCGGACAACUGGCAGAGCCCCUCCCACCACAGACACAGAAUCAGAGACACCUCUUAUCCUCAUUUGGCGUCCCCCAACCGCUGCUGACAUGCUAACCGCCUGACUUUCCCCUGCCUGACCUCCAUGUGAUCCCCUCCAUGGUUGUGUGGUUGGGGGCCGGGAUGUGUCAUUUGCUGCUGGCCAGAGCAAACAAGCUGCCUGCUGCUUCCUUCGGAGACCUCCCGGAUGUUUUUGUUCCCGACUUAUCCCCUUCCCUAGUGCUGCCAACUAGAUGGGAGUCUGGAAGGUGGUCUGUAUUUUUUGGGUGCAGGAGAGAAGGCUCACUCACAAUUUCAUGGGUUGACCAGUUCAGCAAGGUGAUUCCCCAGCAUCAUAUAACUAGGGCUGCAGUCGCGUAGGGUCCAAGAGGGCUGGACCAUUCAAGGUGGCUCAGACUUGUCUUGCGCCUUGGCAGGAAUAGCUAGUAGGCUGGAGCCAGCUGGGCUGUGGUCUCUCCGACAGGGUAGCUGGGUUCCCUACACAGUACCUCAGGGUCCUCCAAAGCAAGCAUUACUCAAGGGGGGAGCAGAAGCUGCCAGUAUCACAAAGACCGAGCUUGGGACUGGUCCAGUGUCAUGUUCACUACACUCCAUUGGCUGAUGCAAGUUGGGCUGGCGGGAUAUGCGAGGGGGGGCUACACAGAUGUAAGUAUCUUGGAGGCAUGGUCAUUGGGGACCAUAUUUGGAGACUCCACUACACCCCUCUGGUCAGUUUGAGGCUGUGGGUCAUGAGGAGAGGGUGGGGCGUAGACUGCUGGGCACCUUGAACCCCAGGGCAUUCCUGGGAGGAAGGACACAGAGGAAGCCCUUAGCAGCAAAAUCUUGUAAAGUGUAGGUUUUAUUAUUAUUCAGGUGUGGGGAAGCCAAUGGAUCGGAAUGACCGCCAUGGAAAAGAUCCUUGGUUGGGGCACCUGGGUGACUCAGUCGGUUUGGUGGAAGACUCUAGAUCUCAGCUCAGGUCUUGAUCUCAGGGU